AUGAUGUUCGGUACGCUACCGGAGCGCGGCCAGGAGCUGCAGUCGCCCGUCAGCUCGCCCGAGCUGAUCGACCCACGCUACAACCACAUGCGCCACAUCGCUGCCUCCUCAAGCCGUAUCCUGUACGAUGUGCCAUGUAAGGUGUGCCGGGACCACAGCUCCGGCAAGCACUACGGGAUCUACGCGUGCGACGGUUGCGCCGGGUUCUUCAAGCGCUCGAUCCGCCGGAGCCGCCAGUACGUCUGCAAGUCGAAGGUGGAGGUGGCGUGCGUGGUCGACAAGACGCACCGCAACCAGUGCCGGGCGUGCCGGCUGAAGAAGUGCUUCGAGGUCGGCAUGAACAAGGACGCGGUCCAGCACGAGCGCGGCCCCCGCAACUCGACGCUCCGCAAGCAGAUGGCGCUGUUCAUCGCGAAGGACUCGCCGCUCCGGCACGACAUGAUGCUGACGCCGGCGGGCCUCGCCGCCGCCGCCGCCGGCGUACCGCAUCCGUCCGCAGCGUCCGCUGGCCUGCCCCUCGGGCUCGACCUGUCACUCGGCCGGAACCCGUUCCUGACGCCACCGCCCGCACCGUACCUGGCCGCAGGGCCAGCGGGAGGGCCAGCGGGAGGGCCGCCGCCACCACCGCCGCCAGGCGCGAGUUCGGCCGCCACGUCGGCCGCCCUCUUCCAGUCGGCGCUCGCCGCGACCCACCCGCUGGUGGCGGUGGACGCGAUCCGCGAGUCGGCCGCCCAGCUCCUGUUCAUGAACGUGAACUUCCUCAAGAGCCUCGCACCGUUCGUGCAGCUCCCGAUGGCGGACCAGGUGGUGCUGUUCGAGGAGUCGUGGCGCGAGUUCUUCAUCCUGGCCGUCGCCCAGUACCUGGCGCCGGUCAACUUCGGCCAGCUGCUGAUCGCCUACGAGUACCUGAACGGGGGCCGCGGGGAGCCGGGCGCCGGCGGGACCACCAUCUCCGACUUCCUGCUGAAGGAGGUCGAGAUCUUCCAGGAGGUGCUCGCCCAGCUGGCGGCGCUCCGGGUCGACCCGAACGAGUACGUCUAUCUGCGCGCGAUCGUCCUCUACAAGACCGAGUUCGGGGACGGCGAAACCAGCAUCUCGAGCCUAUCGUCGAGCGACGGUUCCGACGUGACCACCUCGACCAUCCACCACCAUCAACACCACCACCAUCACCACCAUCACCACCCGUACGGUCACAUCGUCACGGGCGUCAGCCGCACGAUCAGUGAGCUGGCGACGGUCCGGGCGCUCGAGGAGAGCGCCCGGGAUGCGCUGGCCACCUACAUCCAGACCUGCCGGCCGGGGCCGACCAACCGGUACCGGGCGCUGCUCCAGCUCCUGCCACUCCUGCGCAGCGUCUCCAGCUACACGAUCGAGGAGCUGUUCUUCCGCCGCAACAUUGGGCCCGCCCCGCUGCUGAAGCUGCUGCUCGACUUCUACCGCCAGAAGUAG